CUAAGCACAUUACCCGAAGGUAAGCGAAAUCUAGAGCUCAAGGACGUUUUUACCAGGUACACCAACGACGUGAUCGCUACCUGCGCUUUCGGAGUAGAAGUGGACUCAUUAGCCGAUAGAGACAACGCGUUCUACCUGAACGGAAAGAAGGCCACGAACUUUGACGGGCUUCAAUCGUUCUUUUUAUUGCGAAGCAUGCCCUCCGUAGCAAAUCUACUGCGUUUGAGGUUCGUGAAACCCAAGUUCGCGAAUUUCUUUAAAGAAAUGGUAGCAUCCACGAUCAAAUACAGGGACGAGAAUGGCGUCGUUCGGCCAGACAUGAUACAGUUGAUGAUGGACACGAGAGGAAAAUUAGGCGAAGGAAAGGAACUAACUAUCGAGGACAUGACCGCGCAAGCGUUCAUUUUCUUCCUUGGCGGUUUCGACAGCAACGUGACCAUGAUGGCAUUCUCUGCUUAUCACAUCGGCAUCGAUCCCGAGAUUCAGAGGAAGGUUCACAAAGAGAUCGACGAAGUUUUGGCCAAGUGCGACGGUGAAGCCACCUACGACGCGAUAAACGACAUGAAGUAUCUCGAAGCUGUCAUGUACGAGGCGCUGAGGAUGUAUCCGGUCAUCUCCGUUCUAGAGAGGGUUUGCACGAAACCCUUCGAGUUGCCUCCAGCUUUGCCAGGGUUAAAGCCGCACGUUCUACAGAAAGGCGAUUAUAUUUGGGUACCGAUCUACGGUUUUCAUUACGAUCCCAACCAUUUCGAGGAGCCAGAAAAAUUCAAUCCCGAUCGGUUUAUGGAUGACCCGAAGAAACUCGUCAACUCUGGUGCGUUCUUGGGCUUCGGAAUUGGGCCGAGGAUGUGUAUCGGUAACAGAUUCGCGCUUCUGGAGACAAAGGUCUUCCUGUUCCAUAUGUUUGCUCGUUGCACCUUGAAGCCAUGCGCCAGGACCACCGUACCGAUGGCGUUGAGCAAGAAAGGUUUCCAAAUGAAGCCCGUGGAUGGAUUUUGGUUCGACGUCGAGCCGAGGAACCCGGCCGUUCCCGUAUAUGUUAAUUCUAUGGGUGAUAGCUACACCGCCAGCUAAGCAUUACAAUUUAUAUCGUUGCUUUGGUACGAAUUUGCGAUUAACAAUUACAUUGAGCAAUUUACUUUGUGGUUCUCUUUUCUUUGACCAGUUUUGAGUUAUUGAUAUCGUUAAACGUUGAUCGAGCAAUUAACAAAAAAAUCUUAACAAAAAAAAAAUAUAAAAAUAUUUAUGUAAUUUAGGUUUGUAUGAAUUAAACAAAUGAUUAUAAGUAACGUUCAUUAGUAGUUGUAUUAAUGUAUCUGUUCGGUAAACUGGUAGAUAAAUGAAUGUAAAGGUUGUUUAAUAAAUAUCUGUGGUGAAGAUUCUGCAUAAUGAUCCAGUACUCACAUAUAGCAGCCACUAUUUUGCAGUCGAGACGUAACGCCAAUUUUGUAUGCAAAUGAAAUUCCUGGAAUGUGAAACCAUGUGUAAACAUUAGAUUUACCGACACUUCAUUUGUAUAUGAUUCUAU